GAAACAAAAACAACAACAACAAUAACAAAUAAUGUAUUAGGUUGUUAAUAAAAUGAUAAAUAAUUGUUGAUUUAACAUUAUAAUUUUGUGUUAAAGUGUCAAGAGGUAUGACAUAAUUGUUAAUAAAUAAAUAAGACAUAAUUAUUUAUAAAAAUCAAUUUGAGAUUGUUGAGAAUCAUCAGGUGUUUGAGGUGUGAAUAUUUAUUAACAAUCAGGGAUUAAAUCUUCAAAUAAAAAAAAAAUGUCAACCGACGCUGUUUAUCAAAUUAUGUUGAAAAACAACAUGCCACUAAAUAUGAAUGAUGUAGUUUCAAGAUUGCCAAAUGGAACUAGUAAAACUGAAAUUAAAAAAUCAUUGGAAAAACUUGUUUCAAGAAAAAAAAUAUUUGAAAAGACAUAUGGAAAGCAAAAAAUUUUCUGCAUUAUACAAGAAAAAAAGUAUGAUCAAGCUGAGUUGCUCAAGAAAACUCAAGAGUAUCAACUUCAUGUAGAAAAAUUAACACAAACAAAUCAAGAAUUAAAAGCUGAGGUAAAACAACAAGAAAAAAUAUUAGCUGGUUUAAAAAAUGGUCCAACAAUUAAUGAAGCAACUGAAAAAAUAAAUGUCUUACAAGAAAACAUUAAAAUGAUGGAAAAAAAAUUAAAGAAAUUCAUUGAUUCAACUGAAAAGAAAGAAGUUGGUGCUGGAAAAAAAGAUGCACAGAAGAAUGAAGAAAUUUAUUCACGUGAAUAUACAAGACGUAAAAAACUUGCUACUGAUGUCCUUGAUAGUAUCAUGGAGGGAUAUCCGGGAACAAAAAAACAGCUGUAUGACGACAUUGGCAUUGAAAUUCAAAUCGUUAAAUAACAUCAAAACCAUGCUUUAUAUUUUUUUCUUCAAUACACUGAUUUAAUUAAUUUUUGUCAGUUUAUUUCUUCAUCAUAAAACUACUUUUAUUCAUCGACAAAAAAAUAUACCAGUUGUUAUUUGGAUUUGUUUUUUCUUCUUUAUUCUUUUGUAGAUUAAAAAAAUUAAUAGAUUCAAAUGGCGCCAGCUUUUUUGUUUGAUAAGAAAUAAAAAAAAAGAAGCAUUACUUGUAUAAAUCUAUAACGAACAUUGUAAAUAAAAGAAUACGUUAGUUUUUUUGAAGGCUGGCUGAUAAGACUG